AGCAACACCAGCAAGCAGGACCCCAGUGAGGAGAGGAGCAUCGCCCAUGUCCCCAGGAGCAAAGGCAAGGAGAAGGUAGCAGCCAUGGUUGUGGUGGGGUUACCCUCUCUGGGACACAGGAGAAGAGCCCUUGCUGCCCAGGCACCAGAGCUGCUGGCUUAGCCCUGGAGGGGGAUGCCGAGCUGGACGGGGUCAAACACCACGGACAGCCUAGAGCUGCUCUCCAUCCCCGAGCACUCCAUUGGCCAGGAGGUGGUGGGCCUCUUCUGCAUGAUCCUGCUCACCCUCACCGCCCUGGUGGCCAACAUCGUGGUGAUGGUCAUCAUCCUCAAAACGCCCCUUUUCAGGAAGUUCAUCUUUGUCUGCCACCUCUGCGUGGUCAAUCUCCUCUCAGCCAUUUUCCUCAUGCCCCUGGGGAUCAUCUCCAGCUCCUCCUGUUUCAACUGGGUUAUCUACAGCAUUGCUGAGUGCAAGGCCGUGAUAUUCCUGAACAUCUGCUUCAUCAGUGCCUCCAUUCUCACCAUCUGUAUCAUCAGCGUGGAGCGGUACUACUACAUCGUCCACCCCCUGAGGUAUGAGGUUAAGAUGACCAUCAGGCUGGCAGUGGCUGGAGUGGUUUUCAUUUGGGUCAAGUCUGUUCUCAUCACUAUCUUGGCACUAGUGGCAUGGCCUCAUGGCAACGGGGCCACCAGUGCCAGCCGCUGCACGGUCUACUGGAGCCCCGGGGCCCACAAGAAAGUUUUUGUGAUCCUCUUCAGCAUCACCUGCUUUAUUCUGCCCACCAUCAUUAUCCUCGCUGUCUACUCCAGCAUCUACCGUGUGGCCCGGACUGCGUCCCUGCAGCAGGCACCUGUGCCAGCACAGGCAGUGGCACCCAGACACCGAUGUGACUCCAUCGCCAGCCAGGUGACCAUCCUCACUGCCAGGAUCCUGAUGCUGCCCAGGCUGAUCCCAGAUCGCCUUCUGGGAAGCAACAAGGCCAUCCUCACCUUGGUCCUCAUUGUGGGACAGUUCUUGUGCUGCUGGCUGCCAUUCUUUGCUUUCCACUUGCACUCCUCUGUCCCUCUUGCCACUGUGGGCGGUGGGCACGGGGAGAUGGUGGUCACCUGGAUUGCCUACUCCUCCUUUGCUGUUAAUCCUUUCUUCUAUGGGUUGCUGAACCGCCAAAUCCGCGAGGAGCUGGCCCGGCUCCGGCGCAGCUGUCUCAACCAUCCACUUGGUCAGGAGCUCUGUCUUUCCAUCUCAGAGGCUUCUGUUCAGGAAAACUUCUUGCAGUUCCUUCAGAGAGCAACUUGCACACUGGAAACCCACACCAGCUGCAUCAGCCCCAGCCCCAGGAACAGACUGGACCAGACCACAACAAGCUUCCCCACCCCAGGUCAAGUUCCUGAAGAGAGCAGCUGAGAAGGAGGAUCUGUCCUACGGUGCUGGGCAGGAGACCUGCCAGUGACCCGUGAGACCUGCUUGGACCCAAUCUCUUGGAUUUGGAGGAGUCCUUGUGCAGGUUUUGCCUCCUCUCUGAGCUUAUGUUAAAAGAUGUUUUCUCCGCUGGGAGAAGGUAGCAGAUCUGAGGAAGUCACAUCUCUCUUCUGCAGGCUGGAAUUGUCCCUGUCUCCACCAGCACAGCCCAGUUCCAGGGAUGGGCUCUCCUCAAGACAUGGGGUGCCAGUGGGAUCCUGCACAGGGGCAGGGGAUGGGGCACCUCUGUCUCCAUUGCUCCAGUGGGAGCGUGCCUGGCCGGCGGGAAGGGCCAAUGUCCCUUGUACUCUAUCCAGGAGCAACAUUCCAGCUAAUGCCACUAACACCAGUAACACCAGGGCCCAGCCCCUGCUGAGCCUGGAUGGCAGACACGGAGACUUCCAUCCUUGGCUGUUUAACCCAAAACUAAUGUCUGUGUGGAGAUUCUGCUCCCUGUGACACUGCUCG